CAUUGUUAUUUAUACGAGAAAGAAGAGUGCGCGAUGAUCGAAAAAAUAUUAUGGCAAUGGCUCAUGGUGUUACGGAGAACUUGUGAUCUAAGACGAUCGAUAAGAUCCGAGCUCAUAGCUAAUUAAUUAUGUGUAGAUUUUGUGGUGUUAUAUAUCUUAUAAAGAUCGUCGAUGAUUUGUCCUUCGAUCUUGUUUAGCUCAUUUCAUUCGAAGAUAAUGGAAGAAGAACUUCUUCUUGAAAAGUUUUCAUCAACGUGAGUUGGUAGUUCGAAUACUGUGAUAUUUGUAAUUCCGAAGGAAUUUUUCGUUUUUACUUGCUUGCGAAAAUUAUACGAAGAUAAAGGAUCGAAAAGGAUCGAAGAGGAAAAGGAAGAAGAAGAAGAAGAAGAGGAAGAAGAAGAAGAAGAAGAAAAGAGCAAGAAGGCGAGCAAUAUCAAAUCACGUAACAUGGUAGAGAGUAUCUAUGCUGGUGAUUCACCGAGAUCACGUUCUCCGAUGACGGAACCAUCGAGUCCUCUUCAAGAUGGUCCCGGUAUAUCCGGUUACAAUCAUCGUUAUUUAUAUAAUUAUUCACCGGAGGGCCCACAACAUAAAUUAAAAAAUCACGAUGCCCAAAAUCAUGCGUCUUCGAGGCGGCACGAAGUCGAAUCACGGGAAAGAACGUUCUCCAGGAGUCCAGUGAGUUCGGAAGAGGCAGGUUAUCGACCUCGUGAAAUCUCAAGGCCGAGUUCCUCCGCUACCAUGUCCUCGCCCACCUCUCUAUUUACCAUCGACAGUAUCCUAGCACCUAGACCGAUCGCUAAUAUACCCCCUACAAGUACUACGAGCUUAAACUCCAUGAUACAGAAUCCGGAAACCGUCGGUUCACCUUCGAGGACAACAACCAUUCAUCCUCUUCAACAACAGCUUCAUCAUUUGGCCUUCACCUCGGCGGAUUUUUUCGCCGCCGCAUAUCCUGCCUUAUAUCCAGGACAAUAUGUAGCUGCUAUGGCUGCUGCAGGUGUUUCUCUUCAUGGACAACCUACGUUUUAUCAUACUGGUCAUCCUUAUCAGAUGAAUCCAAGUACGCCAGGUGUUGGUCCAAUGACGAAAAGGAAACGUCGUCAUCGGACGAUAUUUACGGAAGAACAGUUGGAACAAUUGGAGGCAACUUUUGAUAAAACUCAUUAUCCCGAUGUCCUGCUUAGAGAACAAUUGGCCCUUCAGGUUGAUCUCAAGGAAGAAAGAAUCGAGGUAUGGUUCAAGAAUCGUCGUGCCAAGUGGCGCAAACAAAAACGCGAGGAACAAGAACGCAUGCGAAAACUCCAGCUGGAACAACGUCAACACAACGAGGAUGGAGUAUCGACGGCAUCGAUUAGGGUUACCGAUCAUUUAACCUUGACCAGACAACAACAGCAACAACAGCAGCAACAGCAACAACAACAACAGCAGCAACAGCAGCAACAGCAGCAACAGCAACAACAACAACAACAACAACAGCAGCACGAACAAGAAACUGACAGUUCCGAUCUGGAGGUCGCGUAGUCGCUAAAGGACUUCAUCCAAAUCGUUUUUUCACCGUGCGUCGCCAUUGAAGCCGCUGGAGGUUGACUUUUCUUCUCGCUUGGGAAGCCUGUAAAUACGGAACUAGAAUGUAAAUAUUCCUGUAAAUAUGGCUAACGAUGAAUGUGUAUAAACGAAAUAAAUUAUUGCAUCUAACAGA